AUGUAUCAAGUGACUAUUGCUGGUCAGACUGCUCCAGGCCAAGGAAUCACGGUCUAUGGCAAUGGACUUUCCUAUUCUGGUGCUGACAACACCAUUACACGUUACAUUCGCUUCCGUAUGGGUACAAGUGGUGACUCUGGCAAGGAUGCAAUCACUAUCGCCAAUGGCAGUAACAUGAUCUUUGACCAUGUUAGUGUCUCGUGGGGUCGAGACGAGACCUUCUCCAUCAACGGAGACGUCUCGAAUGUCACGAUUCAGGACUCCAUCAUCGCUCAGGGACUCGAUACCCAUUCAUGCGGCGGCUUGAUACAAACCACUGGCGGUGUGAGCAUCAUACGCUCGCUUUAUAUUGACAACAAAACCAGGAACCCCAAGGUGAAAGGAGUAAAUGAAUUUGUCAACAAUGUGGUUUAUAAUUGGGGAGGGGGAGGAGGUUACAUCGCAGGGGACUCUGAUGGUCCAUCGGCGGCUAACAUCAUGAAUAAUGUUUUCAUCAGCGGGCCCUCAACUUCCACUCAUCCAUUCACGCGCGGAAACCAGAACUUCGUGGCCUAUGUGUCCAAUAAUUACUACGACCCAGACCAGGACGGAACGCUCAACGGUUUCAUUCUAAGUCCUACGACCGAUAACUACUCCGACAUCAAGUUCCAAUCUACCAAGUUCAACUACCCGACGGUCGCAAAUCUCCUUUCUCCCACAGAUGCCCUGAACUAUGUGAAAGCCCAUGCUGGUGCUAGCAAGUCUCGGGACCACAUCGACGACUAUCUGAUCAACACGGAGGUUGGGUCUUUGGGUAAGAAAGGUGCUGUUAUAAGCGAUCCUGAGGCUUCGCCGAUGAACGGUCCCGGUCCCAUUUCCGGCGGAACGGCCCCCGUCGAUACUGAUAAGGACGGUAUUCCUGAUGCUUAUGAAAGCGCCCAUGGCACCAAUCCCAACGCUGCUGAUUCAACCUCCAUUGCGUCGAAUGGCUAUGCUAACAUCGAGAACUAUAUCAAUUCGUUGGUUUAG